AUGAUUCCUUGUAUCGAUAGUUCGCCGUAUGAAGAGAGGGAAGGGGGUUAUCGAGGCGAUACUUCGAUCAGGGAAAAUAAAAAAUUAAAGUUGGAUGCCACCGAAUCAUCGGAACUUCUCACCGAAAUAAAACCAUUCGAGGAGUUAUUCAACCAAAACUAUGUUCAACCUCCUUUCAUUUCCGCCUUUCGCACCGCAUUCCGCAAACAGCUCCCGUUUAGUGAUGCCUCGGCCACCAUUUCCAAUAAACCUUUCCCGACAGCCAUCCUUUCCAACAUUUUUCCUACACAAUUCCUAGAAUCCGUCAGAUCUGCAUUGGAAAAGGAAACAUUUUAUCACAAAUCCAAUGACUUGUAUGAAUUCUAUCAAAGUGAUGACCUAAAGCUUUCCACGAGGCCAGAGUUAGUUAAAUUGCGAGAAUCCAUCUACUCCCCUCAAUUUGUUCGAUUGAUUUCCGAGCUCACUGGAAUCAAGUUGGAUGACACACCGGAUUUGUCUGCACAUCAAUAUUCGUAUGGUAAUUACCUGUUAUGCCACGAUGACGAUAUUAAAGACGACGAUAAUUUGCACGGAAGAAGAGUGGCCUUCAUUUUUUAUUUGGUUGAAGAAAGCUGGAGCGAAGAGGACGGAGGUGCAUUACACGACGAAUUUGGGCAACCAAACAAAAUUGUUCGGUCCAUAAUUCCAAAAUGGAAUUCCAUGGCAUUUUUCGAACUAAGCCCGACCUCAUACCAUCAAGUUUCCGAAGUUUUAUCCAGAUCAAAAGUACGACUUUCCGUUUCCGGUUGGUUUCAUGGUUCUUUGCGCACGAGACUGUCAAAUGCCGAUUACAAUUCUCCAACUCUUUUUACACCUCGACUUGAUCAACCUUUUCAUCAUCAAUACUCCUCCAUAAGUGAUUUUGUGAAUCCAAGUUAUUUAACCGAGCAAGGGAAAAAGAGUAUCUUGAAAACACUCAGACAGGAGGCAUCAAUUGAGCUGCAUCAAUUCCUCAAAGAGGAAGUCUACGAAAAACUGAUGGAUAGUCUGGAUCACGUAGAAUGGAAAGAAAAUCCCGUGGGACCUCCGUUUAUUAGAAAAUACCAUUUGAUGGACAAUGAGAGAUGCACGACGUCUCCACCGUUUUACAAAUUCAUCCAUGAUUUCCUAACCUCAACAGCAUUUACCGCCUUUCUUUCGGAAAUCACAAGAUACGAUGUCACAUCAUUGUCAUCAGAAAUCCGUCAAUUCUUACCUGGUGACUACACCGUGCUUCACGAUCAAGCAUUGGAUCGCGAAGGAUUAGACAUAGUGUUAUAUUGUAUCGAAGAAAAGAACAAAGAAACCGGCGAAGCAGAAGAAUGGAAUGUAGGAUGGCAAGGUGGAACACAUUAUGUGACAAGAGAAGAAGAGUUACUGACCCUUUGGCCAAAAAGGAAUACACUUAGCAUCGUCGUUAGGGACGAAGGUACCAUGAGAUUUGUUAAAUAUACCAAUAAUUCGGCAAAAUAUCCCAGGAGGGAGAUGGCAUUUAUUUACGUAGAUGACGAGGAAGGAGAUGAAGAAGGCGACGGUAGCAGCGUUGAGAACGAAAGUGAAGAUAAUGAUGAGGCAGAAGAUGUUUAA